AAUGAAAAACAAUAGCAAAAAAACAAAAAAAACCAAAUCACAAAACCUCAGCAAAAGCACCCUUAGAAAUGUCUCAUUCCAAGCACUGACCCAUCCUUGUUCUUCCCCAGUCCUCCCUUAAUUCUUAAUUGGAUAUAAGCCAGGGUCUGUCUCUCCAGGAAAUCAUCGGCGAGCGUGGCCAGUCAUGAGAGAGCAGGACCAGGGAUCAGCUGAGGCUUAUUCUAAGAUGAGAUGAUCAAAAUACCAAGAAUGCUUCUAAGUUAUGAUUCUUGAUAUUAUGGCAACAAGGAAUGCAGUGUGUCUGAAAGAGCCACCAGGCCAGGAGACCCGUCUGAAGGAAGCCAGGGAUCAGAAUAUAACCCUGUUCAUGUGAUUUCAAGCUGCCACCCCGUCUGUCAGGGACUUGUUCCUGCCAGUCCUCCCCUUCUGGUGACAUCUUACCUGAGUGUUGGUAACCAGGGGCUCCCCUGAGUUUGGCAUUUCCAUAGCUGCAGCUGUGGUUGAUGGUCCCUAGACUCUGACAGGAGCCAGGCGCUCUCAGGUUGGUCACGAGAGAUUUCUCCACAGGGUGACAGAGGACGACAGUGAUUAUUCAUCAUACUGAUCCUGGGACAGGAUGUUGGGCUUGAAAACUAGACUGAAAAUGGGUCAAGGAGGCAGGUGCCCAGUGACCUCGUGGUCUCCCUGUGGCGAGGGGCGGCGGGGUUGCCUCUUGAGAAAUGGAUGUGACGGCGGUUUCCUCGGUUGGCCACGCCCACAGAGUUUUAAGAAAGCAAGGAAGUGUGUAGCAGUGAAAUCCCCAGAUGAGGACAGACAGCAGAGUUCCCGGGGCAGAAAACCAUUGCCAGGUAUUUUAUUCAGUGUGUUCAUGAUCAGGUAGUCUCCGUAAGGUGUGGGUACCCCUUAGAGUGUCUGCAGUGUUCAGGGCUGUUCCCUGUGAGGAGAAGUGUGGGGUAGACACCAAGGAAUGGGGCACGGUGUGGGCUCCGGGGGAUCUCUCACCGCUGCAGAGAGGCCUCAGGACCACCCCAGUUCCUGGCCCUGAAGGCCAAGCCCAGAUCCUCCCUUAACAAUAUAUUAGCCUUGACCUUCUCGAAGCUGAUAACAAAAUAUUGUGGCACAGUUUUAUGAGAUCAGUUUUGUGAGGCUCUCUCCCUGGCCAAGCCACUGUAGAAGCUUUAGCCCAGGGGUGUCCAACCUUUUGGCGUCCCUGGGCCACAUCAGAAGAAGGAGGAACUCUUGGGCCACACAUAGAAUACACUAACACUAAUAGCUGACGAGUGAAGAAAAAGGUCCUGUGCAUCACGUUUUUGGUAUUUGCCACCACGGAUGAGCAAAACCAUUGUUGCAUUGAAAGGGCUGGACGUGGCUCCUUCAGCUCCUGACAGCCUUUCACCUUAGCGACUGGAGCAGCUACAGCAUGUUAGGUGAUUUAUCAAACAUCUGCUGCUGGCAGGUAACCAGAGGUGAAAUUUCUCUCUACAGACACUCAGGCUGGAAGUGGAGCAGAACCCAGGUGGAAGACGAGGUCACUGGUGGCUUCUCCAGGUGGAAGACCAGAUCCCUCGUGGCUUCUCCAGGUGGAAGACCAGGUCACUGGUCACUUCUCCAGGUGGAAGGCCAGCGUCUCCAGAAUGUCGUUCUCUCAGGAGGCUCCACCAUGUUCAGGGAUUUCGGACGCCGACUACAGAGGGAUUUGAAGAGAGUGGUGGAUGCUAGGCUGAGGCUCAGCGAGGAGCUCAGCGGCGGGAGGAUCAAGCCAAAGCCUGUGGAGGUCCAGGUGGUCACUCAUCACAUGCAGCGCUACGCCGUGUGGUUCGGAGGCUCCAUGCUGGCCUCGACUCCCGAGUUCUUUCAGGUCUGCCACACCAAGAAGGACUAUGAAGAGUACGGGCCCAGCAUCUGCCGCCACAACCCCGUCUUCGGAGUCAUGUCCUAGUGUCUGCCUGAAAGCGUCGUUCGAUGGUGUCACGUUGGGAAACAAGUGUCCUUCAGAACCCAGAGAAGGCCGCCGUUCUGUAAAUAGCGACGUCGCUGUUGCUGCCCAGCAGCGUGCUUGCAUUGCCGGUGCAUGAGGCGCGGCGCGGGCCCUUCAGUAAAAGCCAUUAUCCGUGUGCGACUGCUGUCUGCCAGCCUCCUCCCUCACCCGCCCUCCUCUCCCUCGCUCUCCCUCUUCCGAGCUGCUAGCUGACAAAUACAAUUCUGAAGGAAUCCAAAUGUGACUUGGAAAAUUGUUAGAGAAAACAACAUUAGAAAAUGGCGCAAAAUCAUUCUGCCCCGGGAGAGAAUGUGGGGGUGCAAACCCUUUUCCUCCCAGCCUAUUUUUGUAAAUAGAAUGUUUAAACUUGAAAUACAAAUCAAUGUUUAUAUUUCCUAUCAUUUUGUAUUUUAUGGUAUUUGGUACAACUGGCUGAUACUAAGCACGAAUAGAUAUUGAUGUCAUGGAGUGCUGUGAUCCAGAGUUUUUAAUUGUGAGGCAUGUUCUGAUAUGUUUAUAGGCAAACAAGUAAAACAGCAAACUUUUUUGCCACAUGUUUGCUAGAAAAUGAUUAUACUUUAUUGGAGUGACAUGAAGUUUGAACACUAAACAGUAUUGUAUGAGAAUUACUACAGACCAUGUAUCUUUUAGUUUUUUCUGUUUGAACUUUCUGGAACUGUUUUAUAGAAGAUGAUGGUUUGUUGUCGGUGAGUGUUGGAUGAAAUACUUCCUUGCACCAUUGUAAUAAAAGCUGUUAGAAUAUUUAUAAAUAUC